AUGGGCGGUUUCUACAUGCAAUAUCUUGAGAGCCUUUGCCGACGCCGAGGAUGGACAGACCCCAUGUACGAGUGCUACCGGGACCAUAGCGGCUACACUUGCCUUGUUCUUGUCAAUGGACGGGAAUACCAAACGGACCUCGCAUACGAAUCUGAUGUUCUAGCCCAAGAGAACGCAGCUAUGCGUGCCUUCAUGGUCUGCCGUAACUUUUCUGUCAAUGGGGGUAUGCUGGCCCGCAAUGGUAUCGUUCAAGGACUUCCUGCACAGGAACCGUCUCGUCGCCGCAAGAGCCGUCACACGUCUUCUCGAGACAGUGACCGCCACAGUAGGCGAUCUGGUCACCAUUCCAGCAGUAGCUCGACUGCCUCAUUCGACUAG